UACUUUAUAUCCAAGAAGAAGGCACUUAUUCUAGCUAUAAUUGUUAUAGGUGUAAUUGUUCUUGUAGGUGUUUUGGCUGGAGUGUUAUCUCAAGGAAAUCAAACUAGCGGCCAUGGAAGCACUGAAGCUGUUACUACUAUGGCUCCGACAACGAUGGCUCCAACAACGAAAGGUGCUACUGCUAAACCUACAACAGCAAAGCCUAUAUCGCCUUACGCAGCAGUGAAUAAUAUUCGCUUGCCAAAGAAUGUCAUUCCAAUCCAAUAUUGGUUCACCUUAGAAAUCGACAUGACUGCCUUAACUUUUACUGGUAGUAAUGUCGCUGAAUUGAAUGUUACAUCACAAACCGACAUUUUUAUUUUUCACAUCAAGGAUAUGGAAAUAACUACAACACCUCAAGUUGCUACUGAUCAAGCUUUACAGAAUAAGCUAUCUAUUAAAGAACACAAAGGCUUUAAACCUAAUGACUAUUACUAUGUUGCAUUAAACAAUGCUGUAGGAGCUGGUACUUAUUAUGUCCGAUUUGACUUUAAAGCUCCAUUAUCAACCGUUCUUAACGGUCUUUACAAGAGUUCUUAUACCAAACCGGACGGUACUAAUAAAUGGCUAGCAGCCAGUCAAUGUCAACCUACUGAUGCCCGUAAGAUCAUACCAUUGUUGGAUGAGCCGGAAUUGAAGGCAAUGUUUACAGCCACAAUUAGUGUCCCCAAUAAUUAUGGAGCUUUAUGGAAUAUGCCAGAAUUAACAUCGGUAGCAGCUACUCGACCUGGAUAUCUUACAAAAACUUAUCAAAGAAGCCUCCGAAUGAGUUCUUACUUACUGGCUUUCGUAAUCUCAGAUUUCGAAUUCAGAGAAUUAAGAACCAAAACUAACCUACCGGUUCGCGUUUGGUCUACCCCUCAUACCAUUAAUCAAAGCUCAUUUGCAUUGAUUGGAGGCGUCAAUAUAACUGAAUACUUUGAAGAUUUCUUUGGUGUUCCCUAUCCACUGCCAAAACAAGGCAUGCAAGAUUCUAUUUCUCUAACUGAUUACGAGUCUAUUCCUGAUUUUGCCGCUGGUGCUAUGGAAAAUUGGGGUCUCAUCUUGUAUCGUGAAACUGCCUUGUUAUAUGAUCCAAUGGUCUCAGCUGCUGGCAAUCAACAACGUGUAGCUGUUGUUGUUUCUCACGAAUUAGCUCAUAUGUGGUUUGGUAACUUAGUAACCAUGAGAUGGUGGGAUGACUUGUGGCUAAAUGAAGGUUUCGCCAGCUUUACAGAAUAUCUUGGAGUUAACGAAUACCAACCUGAUUGGGAGAUGAUGUCACAAAUUGUUCCUCUUGACUACCAGAGGGCUUUUGGAUUAGAUGCUUUUGUAACAUCUCACCCUGUUCAGGUUACUGUUAACCAUCCCGAUGAGAUCAAUGAGGUUUUCGAUGCAAUUUCAUACUCUAAGGGAGCUUCUAUCAUCAGUAUGAUGAGACAAAUGAUGGGCAACGAAGACUAUCAAAAAGGCAUUUCUAAUUACUUGAAGAAAUACGAAUUUAAAAAUGCAGUUACCAGAGACUUGUGGCGAACCCUAACAGAGGCUUCAACAAGAAAUAUUAAUGUUACUGAAGUGAUGGAUACUUGGACACUACAAAUGGGAUACCCAGUAGUAACUGUUGGCGACGUCAGUGGUGGUAAAGCUACCAUUACACAAAGGCGCUUUUUGUUAGAUCCUACUCAAAAUCCAGAUGUUGAUCCAGCUUCAUCUAAAUUUAAAUCUCCUUUUGGAUACAAGUGGAAUAUCCCUAUCACUUACAUAACUGCUGAUGAUCGUAAUACUGUUAAAUCAACGAUUUUUAAAAUGAAUUCCAAUACUCAAAUAACCUGGCCUGACGGCACUUGGCUCAAGGCUAAUGUUGGCCAACUCGGUUUCUACCGUGUCAAUUAUCCAGCCUCUAAUUGGAAUGCAAUUAUUAGUGCUUUAGUAACUAAUCCAAACGAAUUUCCCAAAACUGACAUCAGUGGUUUGAUAGACGAUGCCUUCAAUCUUGCCAGAGUUGGUCAGACUACCUAUGAUAUUGCUUUGGGAACUACUAAAUAUCUCACUAAGGAGACAACAUAUAUCCCCUGGUAUACUGCUACCGCUGCACUUGGUGAAAUAAGUUCGAUGAUUUCAUAUAGAGAAUCUUAUGGCAGUUUCCAGAAAUAUUAUUUGCAACAACUAAAACCAUUGUUAGAUACCAUUCGUUUCGAAGAUGUUGGCUCUCAUACACAAAAAUUGCUGAGAACAAGAGUAAUGUCUAUUGGAUGUGGUCUUGGAUAUAAACCUUGCCUCGAUAAUGCAACUAGAAUGUUCCAAGCAUUCAAGAGCAAUUCUGCUGCCAAUGCAGUCCCUCCUAACUUGAAAGCUGUCGUUUACCGAUAUGGUAUAGCUUCUGGAGAUGUUAGUGAUUGGGAUUUCUUGUAUGAAUACUUCUAUAAAACCAAUGUUGCUUCAGAAAAACGAACAAUAUUAGAUGCUCUAUCUUAUUCCAGCACUCCAUGGAUUUUGAAUAGAUAUUUGCAAUGGUCGAUUAAUCCGGCUAAAAUCCGAUCACAAGACACGACCAUUGUUAUCGAUUAUAUUUCUGCGAAUAUUGUUGGUAGACCAUUGGCAUGGGACUUUGUUCGUCAAAAUUGGCCCUAUUUAAGAAAAACCUAUGGUGGAAGUUUCUUCUCCUUUGGUAGAUUAAUCAGAAGUACUGCUGGUAGAUGGGCCUCUGAAUUCAGAUUGAAGCAGGUGCAAGAUUUCUUUAAAGCCAACCCUGAUGUCGGUUCAGGUGCUACAGCGGUUAAUCAAUCUCAAGAAUCCAUCAGAAAUAGAAUCAAAUGGAUUACAGAUAAUGAAGCUACUGUUGAUGCAUGGCUUAAAAAGAAUACUAACUAACUUUUAUGUCCCUAAUAGAAGCAAUUAGCAGCAAUAAUUUCUCUACCAAUGAAUGAUGC